CGAAUUGUCGUAUUGCUCAGGAUGUGAGGGCUCUCGCAUUCUUCUCAUUCUUUCUUCUUGAUAUGCAAAAUCACGGCGUCCACACUGCGAUACUUCUAUCUAUGCGUAGGUAGGUCUCAAGUCAUGGUCCGGAAGUAAAUGAUUCGGCUCUCUUUCCACCUCACAAAGCACAGGCAUGAGCGUACGGUUCUUCGCCACGGCUGUGCGAUGUACUAUGUACACCCAGCACUCUUCCGCGCAUUCCGUUAGUCGAUGAGUGACGUAUGUCUACGGCCCCAUCAUGGCCCCCCAGACUUCGACAAAAGGGCAUUCCACGAUGGGAAAUCGGGAGUUGGAAGGUGUAGAUGUUUUUGUCUCAACAACCAAGCAGACACCAGCGUGUCUAGAUUGAGACACUGCGCCUUCUAUCUAGAUGUCGCACACACGCCGCAACAAAGAAUUGUCGGAACUCCGCCGUCAGGGUUUCGAAAGGCAUGGCUUCUCGAUGGAUCCAAACGGUGUGUUGGGAUCACUCCGCGCCCUUCAUCCGACACAUGCGAGUUUCGAUGAGACGAAACCUUCGACGACACAGUACGUACGGUAUCAGUGGCGGUCGCGGGAUAACAGGAAAGGCCGACAUACUCUGAUUGUUCCUUACGACCACCCACAACGCCCCUCAAGGCUGCAUACAACACUGGCUGGGGUCAAGCGUAUGCUCACCCAAUUCCCGUACUGGGACGUCUCAUAUUGGGUCGCGGUGAACUUUGUCAUCGGGUCUGCGAUCUUCGUCGCGAGCGGUCUCUUUUACUGGCUGCCCAUCGCCUUCCCAUCGACGAAAUUCCAGCUCGAGUCCAGUGUCGGCGGCGGCGUGACAUCCUUCGUCGGAGCCACUUUCUUCCAAAUCGGCGCCGUCCUGCUUUGCUUCGAGGCCGUCAACGAAAACCAGACGGGCUGUUUCGGCUGGGCGGUUGAGGACUUGUUCUACAGGGCCGACCCUGCACACUGCGAGCACCCGCACCAGUCUCAGUCACAGUCAACCUCAGCACGACAGGGCCAGGGUCAGGACCAGGACCAGGGCGGAGAAGGAGGAGGAGCAGAGAAGCCGAAAAGUACGACGAAGAGAAGAAGAAGAAGCCCCGCGCAAACAAGUCGAAAAUGGCGUUGGUGGCCGUCUUGGAAAGAGGUCCGAACUUAUUACAUCUAUGAAAUCGGCUUUCUGGCCAAUUUUUCUCUAGCCAUUGGGGCCACUAUUUUCUAUGUCUGCGGUAUUCUAUCACUCCCUGGUCUGUAUGGGAUGCUCUCGCAGGGUGUGAUCUGGGGAGUGUAUUACCUCACCUAUCUUGUCGGCGGUUUGCUCUUUGUCUUUUCUUCCGCCCUGUACAUGCUUGAGACCCAGGAACAUUGGUACAAGCCGGCGCCGAGGGUGUUGGGCUGGCACAUUGGGCUCUGGAACAUGAUUGGGAGUGUAGGGUGGACGUAUGCGGCAAGCUUGGGAUACUGCGAGCAGCAUUGGUGUGAGUAUCAGAGCGAGUUGACGCUUAUCUGGGCCAGUGCUGCUUUCCUGGUUGGAAGCGUCUUGUUAUGGUUUGAGGCGUUAGAUAAGUGGACGAUUGAGCGAGGGCCGAAGAACCCGAAAGGUGGCCGACGAGCGUCUGCUUAAGAGUACUAGGUCGGGCAUCUAGAUACCUUACCAAAGUC